GUGAUUGCCUGGACCCUGGGACUUUCUAGGCAUUCCUCUGGCUGACGCGUUCCGCUUUGCCCGGGUAUUGAGGGAGAGCCUGCCCUCCGCGAACGCAGUCCGGCCCUUCCGCUUCCUUUUAGAGGCCGGUGGCGAGGCAGAGGCGGGGGGCGCUGAGCUGGGGAAGAGCGGAGGCGAGGUGGACGGGUUAUGUGCUGCACUUACUGAAGUGGUCUGGUUGCCGCUGCCUCCCGGGAGGGUAGAGGCAGAGAACGAGUCGCUGCGGGUCCUCCUUGCAGCUGCUGUGCCUUGGGCAGGAACCCGCAGCUCCCCUCUGCACUCGGUCCCGCUAGCUGAGCCAGGGCUGUGCCUUUUUGUUGCGCCCUCCCUUCAUCUCUCCCGUCAGACUCGCGUGGGCCCGUCUCGGCGUGUCCUAUGGACAGACACAAAGUGAAGCGUCAGAGGCUGGACCGCAUCUGCGAAGGUAUAAGGCCUCCUAUUGGUAAUGGCCCAAUGCCAGCACGUCCCUUGGUUGCUCUCCUAGAUGGCAGGGAUUGCACUGUAGAGAUGCCUAUUCUGAAGGAUGUUGCCACAGUGGCUUUCUGCGAUGCCCAGUCUACUCAGGAAAUCCAUGAAAAGGUGCUAAAUGAAGCUGUUGGGGCUCUGAUGUACCACACCAUUACCUUGUCGCGCCAGGACCUGGAGAAGUUUAAAGCUCUUCGGGUCAUUGUGCGAAUUGGCAGUGGCUAUGACAAUGUGGAUAUCAAGUCAGCUGCAGAAUUAGGCAUUGCUGUGUGUAACAUCCCUUCAUCUUCUGUGGAAGAAACAGCUGAUUCCACACUUUGCCACAUCCUGAAUUUGUAUCGGCGGGUUACAUGGCUCCACCAGGCCAUGCGAGAAGGAAACAGAGCCUCAAGUAUGGAACAGAUUAGAGAGGUGGCUGGAGGUGCUGUGCGUAUCCGUGGUGAGACUUUGGGCAUCAUUGGUCUUGGCCGAGUUGGGCAAGCAGUUGCUCUGCGUGCAAAACCUUUUGGCUUCAACGUGAUUUUCUAUGAUCCAUAUCUACCUGAUGGAGUGGAGCGUUCCCUGGGAUUGCAACGCAUGGCCACCCUGCAGGACCUGCUAAUGCACAGUGACUGCAUCACAUUGCACUGCAGCCUCAAUGAGCAUAAUCACCACCUCAUCAAUGACUUCACCAUUAAACAGAUGCGCCAAGGCUGUUUUCUGGUGAAUACAGCUCGUGGGGGACUGGUUGAUGAGAAAGCCUUGGCUCAAGCCCUAAAGGAAGGGAGAAUCAGAGGGGCAGCAUUAGAUGUGCAUGAGUCUGAGCCCUUCAGCUUUGCAAAUGGACCCCUAAAAGAUGCUCCCAAUGUGAUCUGUACUCCUCACACAGCAUGGUACAGUGAACAGGCAUCCAUUGAGUCUCGGGAGGAUGCAGCUAAGGAAAUUCGCAGAGCCAUCACAGGUCAUAUACCUGAUGGUCUGAGGAACUGUGUAAAUAAGGAGUACUUGCUUUUAGCGGCUCAGUGGUCCAGUAUUGAUCCUGCAACUGUACAUCCAGAGCUUAAUGGAGCUGCAGCUUACAGAUUUCCUCCAGGAGUAGUGGGAGUAGCAGCCCCAGGGCUGCCAGAGCCUCCAGUAGAGGGGAUUGUAACUCAUGGCAUUCCCUCUGUAUCUCACUCUGCACCCCAUACUCCUUCUCCAGGAGAAUCAAAUAAAUUGGAGCCAGACAGAGAAAUCUCCACUGAUCAGUAGCAUCUCUGCUAUCUCUUUUUAUCCCUCAUAAGAAAGCAGGUUAUUAUCCUGUUUUAGGACCUAUUGUGACACCUCAUGGACUGUUUCCUGUUCAUGCUGGGCAGGAGAAUGCAUUUCAUUGUUGGCAAAUUCUAGCUCUUGCCUUUAAACAGAUAUUUUAUAACAGAUUUAGUUUAAAUCUCUUGGUGAAUCUCUUUCCUUGUCUGGGGCAAAAAAGCAGUGACUUUCAUCCUUUUGGUAAUGUUUAGUUUUAUCAUGCAAGUUCCCAUACACCUGCCUCCACUGUGAUAUGCAGAACAGCACCUGGCUGAAUAUGAGAUCUCCAGUGAUUCCAGAACAAGACUGGUGUGGAUUCUUAAGGCGACUUCUUAAACUGCUAAGAACUCAUGUACAAAUGACAAAGAUCAUCAUAGUGGGAAAGAAGAGUUGUGGGUUUACCUGUUGCUUACUAGGAAUAAGGGGACCCUCUUUCUCAGAUGUGGUGGGCACUUACUGCUUUGAUCCUGCCUGUAUACUAUUAACAGCUGUAGUUGGUGGGUGACUUGCUUCUAGGGCACUGAGGGUAAGUAUUUACAAGAGCCAGAGUGAAUUUGAAAUUCUGCCUGAAAUCUGACCAGUGUUCAAAACCUGUGCAGAGAAUUGUUGACAUUGUUUUUGACAGUCAAGAUGCUUGUUAAGUCACAGGAAGAGAAGCUCAGGGAAUGAGAGCUCAACUCCACAUAAGAAAGGAGGUAAUUCAGAACUCUAGGCUUAAGGUUAUAUAAUGCCCAUUCUUGCACAUUAGUGAUACAACUUUGCUUAAAAAAAAGUUUAUGCUGAAAUUGUAGGCAUUAGGCCCUCUCUGACCUCUUUCCAGUCUACUUUAAAGACCCAGCUAGAAUUGUUCUCUCUGACUUUGUCUAGUGUGAAAUGUGCCAGGUGUGUGUGCUGGAUUUUCAUGUUCUUCAACCCUUUUCUCUGAAUUGAGUCUUCCUUGCCUUGCAAAAAAAGAAGGGGGGGGGGGGGCGGGGAAGCAACAAAACUCAUUCUGUGAACUUGCAGAUAGCCACACAAUUGUCUUGAAAAACUUAGUUGAGCUAUUGCAAUUUUAAAUGUUUUUCUUUCUAGGGUAUUUUAAAGGAAUAAUUUGAACUAUAUUUGGAAGCAGAAUUAAGGUUUAGUUGUCUUUUUAUGGAGGGAAAUUUUUUAUUUCCUGGUACAGUAUAUAUUUCAGUAUGAAACAAAAUAUUUAUUACUGGAGGAUAGCUUUACCAUGAUGCGUGUAUUUCACAGAAGUGUUUGACAAAGAAGAAAAAAAUAUUUCUUAAAUCCACCUAUUUGAGCAUACAACUGACAAAGGAACUUGGCAAUGGAGAAUGCGAAUUGUUCCUAGAAUCCAGUUCCUGCCUCUCCCCAACCCCCUUUCCAAACAAAAGAGCAGCCAGUCAACCUGAAACUCUGGUAGAAUAAAAAUCCCAAUUUAGAUCUGUGCUUACAACUGAAAAGUGAACAGGCUAGCAUGUUUGCAGGUUUCCAACUCUUCUUCUGACUGCUUGAAAAUGUUUUUCCCCUCCACUGCCAUGUGCAGACAGGGUGCAGUUCUUUUAAAGAAAGAAAGAUGCAAAGAAAGAAAUUAAUUCUGUGUUAUCCAAAUUUGGUUUGUUCCUUGAGAUGGCAUAUGAUUCCCUUGUAGUGUGUGCUUUGCUAGAAUGUGAGUUGGAAGUGUUUAAUGUAGCAUAGGUUCUGGUGGAGGGGAGGCACAGUAGCUUUAUAAUCCUUUGGAUGGUUAUGACUUUGUUUAAAAGAAAAAAAAUCACAUACCUCUUUGGUUGCUCAGGGUUUAAUCAGUAUAUUAAUGGGGAGCACACUAAGUGUGGAGUCUUUGAAUAAAGCAUCCAGCUCUAUAGAGCUUUACUUUGGGGCAAAAGCAACAAUCUCAAUUUGUAUGGUUAGAACAGAUUUCACAUAAUCUUAAAAAUGGAAUGAGACUAUUGUUUAGCCUGGUAUAGAUACAACACAUUGUUGGUCUAGAAAUAUGGUUCCCCUUUCUCUGUUACCAUGGAUUCCAAAAGCUAGGAUCAAAGUAUGCUCAGAUUUAUAUUGGCCAGGGUUAACAUUGGUGAAACAUAACUCUGAACCAACAUAGAGUGAGCAGAAAUUUGCAUACAGUGGAGUGGGGGGUGGUGCAGGAGACACAGCAUGUGGUCCUAUGGCCUGCCCUUAAUUCUGAUUAAGGGCUAGUGUUGCAUUAUAUUUGCACUGCCUCUUGGAAAGCCUAUGCUAUUUAAUUAGUAGGCCUGGCCUGCUGAUAGAUGAUUCUGGUGAGCCUGUUAAUAGGAGGACAACACCCAAACUAUAAAAAACAACACAUUUUUAAUGCAUUUCAAAUAUUCAUAGUAUGUCGCACUACUCCAGAGGGCUGUGUAUAUUCUGAGCCAUCUCAACCCCAAAUCACAUUUGUAAAUGAAUAACAUAAAGGCUUUUUGCCUCACUGAGAUGUUUUGAUGUUACCUGUGAGAACAGGGAAAUAGUUGGGUAAUAAGGGCCUGGAAAUUGCAAAGACAGUAAAGUAGUACUGUGGAGGAAAAAUAACAGAGGACCCUGAGGACCCACAACUCUUCAUUUCUACUAUUUGGAAUCUGACUGUAUACUGGCCACUACUUUCCAAUUUGUUGCUUAGUCAUAUAAGCAGAAAUACUCUUAAAAUAUGAAAGCAGAGCUUCUCAGGGUAUCGAUUCUGUGUUUGUGUGAUAUUCUUGUGCAUAUGCAGAAUAUGCAUUGCCCUAGGGUAUGAAGAAAGAUGCCUCCCUUCUACUCAUAGUUUUUACCCCACUUGGAGAUACUAAUGUAUUUCACUGGCCAAUGCAACUUAACAAAUUAUGUGGCUUUAACACUGCUGCUUAAGUUCUGGCAACCCAUGGGUUGAACAUCCCUGCAGUAAAGAAACAGGAAGCUGAUUGCCCUGAUGUCAAAUUGCAUUAUAAGCAGAAUACAUCAAUAACUCUUCCCCUUCAACUUGCUCCUGGCAAUUCAUAUUUUCUGUUUGUAAGUUUUCCAAUUGAGGGCCCUAGUCAUGGGAUUGCUUGGAGUUAGUUCAUCUAUCUAGUUUCAGGGAAUAAUUACAAGAUAUACUUAAGGUGGCUCUCACUUAUUAGUAAGCAAACCCUUUUUUACACAUGAAUACCUCUAAGGACUUAUCAGGUAAAACCUCCAUAAGGAGAGAAAUUGGGAAGAUCCCAGCUGGCUAGCAUGUUAAGAUACCAUGCUAGUUAUCUUAUUAGAAAUAUGUACUUAACAGUGGUAACAAUUAUGUCAGGCUCUGGAUGUUGGUGAACAUGGUUUUAAGCCUUAAACCCUCAAAAAUAACCAGUAUUACCCAAGUUUAUGUUUGGGAGUUGAAAUAACUUCAAAACUACCAGAGUGGCAUUAUUUGAGGAUCCAGAGCAGAAGACUCCUUUGCUAAUACCAAGCAUCUGUUCCAAAAAGCAGGAUUGGCCAGGUGCUCAUGAAAGUGCUUUGAUUGCACAUAACAGUGUGUUGUUGGUUAGAACUUGCAGUUAGCACAAGAAGGUGUGAAUCUUGGAUACUAGUCCCUCUCCUGAUACCAGAUGUUGGCUCAGAGCCCUUCUUGUGUGUGUAGAUGUGCAACUUCUUGCUCCAGAUGUUAUGCAUGCUGGGGAAGAAAGAAACAAGAGUCUUAUUUUCAAAUAAUUUUCCUUCAGAAUUAAAAGUGGAGCUUAAUCCCAAAGAGCAGUAGUUUCUUCCUAAUGUUGAGGUGGCAGGAGUACCCUGGGUCAUGCCAAGCUUAUGUGCAGGAGGAGUUCACUCAGUUCUAAGGUAUAUUCUGCUUGUCAGGUUUGCUGUUGCUGACCAGCUUUUUUUACAGAGGGCUCAGAGUUUCAGAAAUAUAUUUUUGUAGACAAUAACUAAACUGUGAAACUUAAAGAUAAAGCAUGUAAAAGCAUUUCCAACAAUGUUUCCUGUACAGAUGUUUCUCGCUUCAACUCUCUCCUGGCUUUUGUUAGAAGUUUGACAGUUUCUUGAAUAUAUUUUAAUAAAUAUUUCCUUUAUUGUCAAA